AUGAGGUCCCACGAGAGGCCCUCUAGCAACCCGGCGGAGGAGGUGCGGCAGAGGGAGAACAAUGCGGAGGUGGCGGAUCGGGACAGGCGCUCGGCGGAGCUUCGCGCGCAGCUGGAGAACGACGCGGCCAUCCUCAGGCGCGCCCAGAAAGCCGUCGAUGCCGAACGCGCCGCCCAAAAGGAGCGCGCGAAGGAGCUGGCGGCGCACGAGGAGCAGCUGGAGGAGUGGAAGAAGCGGUUCAAGGCGGAGGCGCUACGGCAGAUAGGGGAGCGCGAGCGCGCACUGGCCGACUGGCAGGCGCAGCUCGACGCCAAGCGCGCCGACCUCGAAGACCUGAAGAAGAACAUGGAGGCGCGGCCCCACUCCUCUCAGCAGCCACUAAAAUUGCAGAUUUGGAAGCAUCGCACGAUUCGACACCCAGAAAGCUUUAUCUCUGAACGGACACAUUAG